AAGAGGUUCUGUUCAUCUCCAAAAAUCCACUAUCAUCCGCAAAUCACAUCACACCAAAUCAUACCGAGCCAGCAUCGCCAAUCAUGAGAGUCACAAUCCUCUCCCUCGCUUUGACUAUGAGCGUUAUCGUCAUGGCUCUACCUACUCCACUCGCACCAACCUCCACCACCAUCAAUAUUCGAGAGCCGCACGCCCUCGGGACAUGGCCGAGCUGGAAGCGCAACGCCGAGCCCAGCACCCCAGGCUGGAAGCGCGAAGCUGAAGAUGAAGCGGAAGCAGGGACAUGGCCAAGCUGGAAGCGCGAAGCUGAAGAUGAAGCAGAAGCAGGGACAUGGCCAAGCUGGAAGCGCGAAGCUGAAGAUGAAGCAGAAGCAGGAACAUGGCCAAGCUGGAAGCGCGAAGCUGAAGAUGAAGCAGAAGCAGGGACAUGGCCAAGCUGGAAGCGCGAUGCCGUGAAACCUGCGAAGCCGGGACGCAAUGGUGUAGAGGGUACUGAGUGA